AGUAGAAGGUUUUCCAAUGCAAAAUGGCAGCUUUAGGGGUGGUAAAAGAUUGUGUCCCAAAUUUAGAUAUUGUCAAAGCGGAGGUUAACGCGCCAAAAGUAAUCAAGGAGAAGACUUCUGUCCAUAGUCAUAUCAAGGGACUAGGUGUUAGCCCAUCGAUAUUCAAUGUAGAUAUUACUGCAAUUAAAACACCCGAGAACUCAAAUGACAAUACAUGGAAUGCAUACGUUGAUUGCUUCGAUCCAGGGUGCGGACUUAUUGGCCAGUAUCGCGCCAGGGAGGCUGCACAGUUGGCUGUGGACAUGAUUAAGGCCAAGAAGAUGGCAGGAAGGGCACUUCUACUUGCAGGACCCAGUGGAAGUGGUAAAACUGCUCUUGCCAUGGCCAUAGCUAGAGAGAUAAGUACAUCAGCUCCUUUUAUACUGCUGUCAAGUACUGAAGUUUUUAGCAGUGAAGUGAAGAAAACUGAGAUAUUGAACGAAGCAUUCCGCAAGUCGAUCCAUAUUAUCCUCAAGGAAGAAAAACAAGUGUAUGAAGGAGAGGUGACUGAAUUAGUAGCUGAGGAAACUGAAAAUCCAAGUGGUGGUUUCGCUAAAUGUAUAAGCGCAGUUAUUUUGACGUUAAAGACCGUGAAGGGUACUAAAACCCUGAGGUUGGCACCACAGGUACACGAUCAGCUGGUUAAGGAAAAGGUUACUAUCGGAGAUGUCAUAUACAUCGAUGCAACCACGGCUCAAGUUAGGCGAUGCGGGAGGUGCGAUACUUACGCAACAGAAUACGACCUAGAGGUUGAGGAAUAUAUACCUUUGCCAAAAGGUGAUGUCUACAAACAGAAGCAGUGUGUCCAAGAACUCUCGUUAAACGACCUUGAUUUAGCAAAUGCACAACCCACGGGUGGGAAUGAUGUUCUCUCAAUGAUCAACCAAUAUAUACGCCCUAAGAAAACGGAAAUCACUGAUAAAUUGCGAUUAGAAGUUAACAAGGCUGUUAAUCGGUAUAUUGAUAUGGGAAUAGCGGAAGUUGUACCCGGUGUCUUAUAUAUAGACGAGGUACACAUGUUGGACAUCGAAUGCUUUACUUAUCUUACCAAAGUGCUAGAGUCGCCGUUGGCGCCAAUCGUGAUACUUGCAACAAAUCGGGGUGUCUGUACUGUCAGAGGGUCGGAUUCAAUCGAACCGCAUGGGUUACCAAUUGAUUUGCUGGACCGACUUAUGAUUAUCAAGACUCUACCCUACACCAUAGAUGAGAUGGUGCAAAUACUACGCAUAAGAGGGAAAACAGAAAACGUACCCCUUAGUGAUGAUGCGUUGAUCCGCCUUGGAGAAAUUGGCGCCAAUGCAAGCCUGCGCUACUGUAUGCAGCUUAUAGCCCCUGCUAACAUUCUUAGACAACUGGAACAAAGCGAUGUAUUAAACCGAAGGUUUAUCGAUGAUGCCGAUUCGCUUUUCAUGGAUGCCAAAGUCUCUGCACAAAGGAUUGCAGCACAAGCAGAUAUGUUCGUGUCAUAGACUAAACACUUUUAAGUAUAAAAA